CGCACGCACAAAAAAAAAAAUCCCUCAAAUAAUAUUUUUACGCUUUCAUACACAAACAAACAACAUCCCAGCUAUAAUUCACACCCAUUAUUUGACGUUCAAAUUCCUCCCUCCUCUCCUUUUCUUUCUCUCAUAACCAAAUAUCCAUUAAUAAUCGCCCCGAUCUUUUUCGGAAUUUUCCGCGCUAUGGAAGAUUUUUGCGAUCUCCGCCGUGCUGUUUUUCAUCGAAUCGGCGUUAAUGCGGAGGCGGCGGGGGAUAGGUUUCCGCCGUGGAGUGUACUGGAGACGAAGGAAUUGCUGGCGAUUAGAGCGGCUUUGGAUAAGAAUUUCUCGGAGAUGAAACAGAAUAGAAUGCUUUGGAUUUCGGUGGCCGAAAAGAUGAAGGCUAAAGGCUUUAAUCGAAGCGACGAGCAGUGUAAAUGUAAAUGGAAAAAUCUCGUCACUCGUUAUAAGGGUUGUGAAACUAUGGAUCCCAAAGCUCUAAAGCAUCAAUUUCCGUUUUACGACGACCUUCAUACAAUUUUUACUGCAAGGAUGCAAAAGAAUUGGUGGGUCGAAGCCGAAAACCGAUCUGGAGGCUCGAAAAGGAAACCAAACGAGGAUCCCAAUGGUGAUAGGGAAUUAGAAAACGAAGAAAAAACAAAAACGAAAAAUGGCACAAAAAAGAGGAAAUGGAAAAGGGAUAAUCCUGAAGAACAUGAGAGGAAUUUGAAGGAAAUAUUGAAGGAUUUUGUGAAAAGAGAGAUGGAAAUGGAGAGGGAAUGGAGAGAAGCAUUUAGGGUUAGAGAAGAAGAGAGAAGGUUAAAAGAGGAAGAAUGGAGAAUGAAAAUGGAAGGCAUUGAGAGAGAGAAAAUGAUGAUGGAGAUUUUAUGGAGAGAAAGUGAGGACAAAAGAAGGGAAAGAGAAGAAGCAAGAGCUCAGAAAACAGAUGCUUUGAUCUCUGCUUUGUUGACCAACCUCACGUAAUUAAGGAGGUUAUGUACAACUGUAGGAUCAACACAAUUAAUUCAUACAUGCAAAGUUUACAGUCCCAAAAUACUAUGGCGUUCCAACCACACCUAUUUGCGAUUUGAUAGUGAAGGUUUCCCCAUUGUUGCAGAGCUGAAGAAGACCACAAACUCUUUGAAGGUUGUUAUGAUCUAAGCUCCAGGUAAUUCAACAAUAAUUUAAAUCAUGAAUUUGAGUUUUAUAAAAUUUUCAACAACUCUUUCAUCUCAUAGUAUAAUUAAUUUAAGAUUGCCAUUUUUAGGACUUAUUUAAUCACAAAAGUGGGGUUAUAAAUUAACUUAGAAAUUUGUAUCACCGAAUAAGAAUUUGAAUUAUUUUGUAAGUUGAAUCAUUGUUUAAUGAUGACACUUAAAUUCAAAUAUGCAUGUCGUUCAAUUAAAAUGAUCUUCAUGAUCUUCUCUCUAAUCUUUAUCAAGAUAUUUUCUUAAUUAAGAACAUAGCAUUGUUUUAGAUGUGGGGAAAAGAUACAAAUUUUAUCAUUUAUAAAAAAAAAAAAUUAUGAUUUUUCAUUUUUUUUAAAUAAUGUUCUAUAAAGGUAUGCAUAUGUUUUUUCCACCUAAAGUAAAGGUAUAUGUAAUUAUGUAUCUAUGAAUUAUUAACAAGUAGACUACCAAUUUAUCCCAAGUUGAUUAUUGAUUGAAUAUAUAUAUAUAUAUAAAAGCUCAUAAGUUAUUCUAGGAUAUAUAAAACAAAUAUAGAAAUUAAUUUAAUUAAGAAAAUUUAGGAUAUGUGUUAUUUAGAAUCAGAAUGAUGGUAAAUAAUGGUAAAUAUCAGUUGGGAGAUUGACUUUUACUUGAAAUAAUUUUCUUUCAUCUCUUAUAACACAAUAAUUUUGUAGAUGUUAAUUACAUUGGAUAUAUGGGCUACCUUUCAUUUGCAUAUAAUUUUUUUAAAAAUGUUAAAAUUUAAAUUGUUGUGUUUUCCUUAGUUAAAUGUAUAAUAGUUUAGAAUUUUGCUAUAAUGUUUCUUAAUAAUUAAAUUAUUUGCUCAAGUAGAUAUAAUUUGACAUACCUAAAUGAUCAUUUGGUGCGUUUUCAUGUAAACAAAAUUUUCUUUAUGGGAGCUAGCAUUAAGGAUCAAUCUUAUACAUACAAACCUAUGAUCUUCAAAAUGUUAUAUGCUAAUUUAGCCUCAUAUAUACCCCAUGAUAGCUAGAGAGGGGACUAACUCAUUAUUCCUAAUAAGAGUUGCAUAUGCAGGUCUCUUUGCAAGUAUAUGAUCAUAGAGUUACAGGGAAUUUUAAUGCUUUUAUAGAUUUUGAAUUUCCAUCCAUGUUCAGAUAUCUUUUAUCUUGAUUGUUCCAUGCUUAGUGGUCGUAAUACAUUUUGAUUAUUGACCAUUUUUCAUUAUUAGAGAUAGCAACGAGGUAUGGCUAAGAUAGAAUAGACUACUCAAUCCUCACCCACUCAAGUGAAAAUAUUUUAUCUUCAUCAGCCUGUUUAAUUCAUUUCCAUUCCCAUUCCAAAAAGUUAAGUCAGAAUUAGUGAACAUUUCUCAUGUUAUUUUUUUUAGUGCAGUUAACAAUGAAAAGGACUAACAAUAUAAUAAA